UUGGACUUGAAGGGGCUCUACGUGACGACUGAAAGAGUGGGGAGCACUUCUGAACGGAGGCGCAGCGGUGCAGGACAGUUCAGAAAAGCAGAGAGGAGAGGAGCAGUGCGGGAGAGACGGGUGCCCAUCCGUCUACUAGCUGGAGGAACGCACACUAACAAACCCUUAUGGCUGCUUGAGAAAUAACGAUACACCCCCCCUCCCCCUUUUUUCUCUUUCUCUGGGACUUUUGGCUUUUAGUAUAGUCCUGACCAGAAGUUGUUGCAAGUCUAAUUAGUUGCUCCAAGUUGACAAAGUGAAUCCACUUGCCGUGGACGUCUCUGGCGGUCAUGGAUACCCAUAUAAGAUGGAAAGUUAAACGGAGGAUAAGGGACGCCCAAAUCACUUUAGCGGUGAUUCUGCUUUUUGUCACAUCGCAAGCAAGUUCAGCGGAACCAGCAGACCUCUUGAAGAUUUUAGAUUUUCACAGUUUACCUGAGGGUGUUAAAAAAACAACGGGUUUCUGCUCACAUAGGAGGUCAACACAAGGACCUGAUGUGGCUUACAGAGUAUCCAAAGACGCCCAGCUCAGUGCCCCCACCAAACAGCUGUAUCCAGGUGAUGUGUUCCCGGAGGAUUUUUCCAUCUUGGCCACAGUGAAGCCCAAGAAGGGCAGCCAGUCCUUCCUGUUGUCUGUGUACAAUGAACAGGGCAUCCAGCAGCUCGGACUGGAAGUAGGCCGUUCUCCAGUGUUCCUGUACGAGGACCACACAGGCAAACCCAGCCCUGAGGACUACCCCCUCUUCAGAGGAGUCAACCUAGCUGACGGAAAAUGGCAUCGAGUGGCCAUCAGUGUGCACAAGCAGACCAUCACCCUCAUUCUGGACUGUAAAAAGAAGACCUCCCAGAGGCUGCUCCGAAGCGCCAACCCUAUCAUCGACACCAAGGGAAUUGUAGUAUUUGGAACUAGAAUACUUGAUGAAGAAGUCUUUGAGGGAGACAUCCAGCAGCUAAUGAUUGUAGCAGACCAUCGUGCUGCCUAUGACUACUGUGAGCAUUACAGCCCCGAUUGUGAAGUGCAAGUGCCCGACCAGCCUCAGAACCAGGACCCCAACACAGAUGAAUAUAACACAGAGGAGGACAGCUACUAUUAUGAAUACCCUUACUAUGAGGACGUGGACGGAAAGCCUUUUGAUUCGACAUCUGAUACUGAGACAACCACAAAAGAAGUCACGGUAACAGAUGGAGACAGUGAGGCGACCACAGUGGAGGAGAUUUUGAAGGGCGGCUCUGGUGCCACCGGCGACAAAAUUUUGACCUCCAUCUCCACCGGCUCGUCCUCUGGCUCAUCCUCCAGCUCAUCCUCUGGCUCAUCCACUGGCUCAUCCACUGGCUCUUCCUCUAGCUCUUCCUCUAGCUCUUCAGGUACUGCCACUGGUGGUGGAGACGCCUACGGAGAGGAGACCAGCCCUUACGACGGCUAUGACGGCUAUGGUAACUACGAGACCUACUACGACGAGUCCACGGCCUCGCCCGACGGGGACACCUCUCGACGUGUCACCAUCACCAGCACCAGCAUCGGCACUGGGGGAGAGCUGGAUCUGGGAGCAGGGGGAAAGAUUGAUUUGGGUACAGGGACUGGAAUCGAAAGGCGGGUCAUCACCAGCGGAGGAGGAGGAGGAGGAGGAGGAUCUACAUUAACCAUCACCAGCAAUAAGACAUCAGUAGGAGGUGCCUAUGAUGACUACGGAGAUGAAUAUGAUUACAACGUGGACCUUUACACUGGUGGAGCUGGUGGCAGCAGCAGUAGUUCAGUUCACAUUGCCGGUGGUGCUGGUGGUGGAGGCAGUAGCAGCACAAUUGAUAUCAGUGGUGGUGGAGGAGGCAGCAGCAGUACAGUCCACAUUGGAGGUGGAGGCAGCAGCAGCAGCAGUUCUACCAUCACCACUGGGGGCGGAUCUGCUGGAGGUGGUUCUGUCUCUGUGGGAGGAUCCUCCACCACUGGAGGUGGAUCUGCCACUGCUGGCACCGGAGCAGGGGGAUCCAUUGCCACUGGAACGGGCCUGGGCUUGGAUGGUGAUGGUGACUACACAGAUCUGGAAGGGUUCAAGGAGGAGCACCUCACCGACUAUGGCGAUUUAGAUGUCUAUGCCUAUGGAGAUUAUGAUGAGAAAGAGGACAAAGUGCUGCCUGCUGAGACCGAUGAGUACUAUGGACAGGUCGAUGGAGCUCGUGGCGAGAAAGGACAGAAGGGAGAGCCUGCUGUUAUUGAGCCUGGGAUGUUAGUGGAGGGUCCGCCUGGGCCUGAAGGGCCAACAGGUCUCCCCGGACCCCCAGGUGCUUCUGGCCCACCAGGCGGCCCUGGAGAUACUGGAGAGAGGGGUCCUCCGGGUCGCCCUGGUCUUCCUGGUGCUGAUGGUCUGCCAGGACCCCCUGGAACUGUCCUGAUGCUGCCAUUCAGAUUCAGCGCUGGAGGUGACUCGGGACAGAAGGGACCUGCUGUAUCAGCACAGGAGGCCCAGAUGCAAGCCAUCAUGCAGCAGGCUAGGCUGGCCAUGCGCGGCCCUACAGGUCCAAUGGGUUUGACUGGCAGACCCGGCCCUCUGGGUCCUCCAGGUGUAGCGGGACUGAAGGGAGAGUCUGGAGAGGCAGGUCCUCAGGGACCACGUGGACCUAUGGGAUCUACUGGACCCCCUGGAAAACCUGGCAGAAGGGGUCGUUCUGGAGCCGACGGUGCCAGGGGCAUGCCGGGACAGUCUGGACCCAAAGGAGACAGAGGGUUUGAUGGCCUGGCUGGACUUCCUGGUGAAAAAGGACACAGAGGUGAACCUGGCCCGUCUGGACCUCCUGGCAGUCCUGGAGAGGAUGGAGAAAGGGGAGAUGAUGGAGAGAUCGGACCUAGGGGACUUCCUGGUGAACCAGGGCCCCGUGGUUUGCUGGGACCAAAAGGACCCCAGGGACCUCCUGGACCCCCUGGUGUUACUGGAAUGGAUGGCCACCCUGGACCCAAAGGAAACAUAGGACCUCAAGGAGAGCCAGGACCUCCUGGACAGCAAGGCAACCCAGGUGCCCAGGGACUUGCAGGGCCCCAAGGACCCAUCGGACCUCCAGGAGAGAAGGGUCCCACUGGAAAGCCAGGCUUGCCAGGAAUGCCAGGAGCUGAUGGUCCACCGGGUCACCCUGGAAAGGAGGGGCCUAAUGGAGAGAAAGGGCACAUGGGCCCUCCUGGCCCUCAAGGACCCAUUGGUUACCCUGGGCCCCGAGGCGUGAAGGGAGCCGAUGGUGUUCGCGGUCUUAAAGGACACAAGGGUGAAAAGGGAGAAGACGGCUUCCCCGGCUUCAAGGGAGAUAUGGGAAUCAAGGGCGACAGGGGAGAGCUUGGACCAGCAGGACCCAGGGGAGAAGAUGGUCCUGAGGGACCAAAGGGUCGCUCAGGUCUCCCAGGAGAUGCUGGUCCUCUCGGCCCAAGUGGUGAGAAGGGUAAACUUGGAGUUCCUGGAUUGCCAGGAUACCCAGGAAGACAAGGACCAAAGGGAUCUCAAGGUUUCCAAGGUUUCCCUGGCGCCAAUGGAGAGAAAGGAGCUCGGGGAACAGCAGGAAAGCCUGGCCCACGCGGACAGAGGGGACCGACGGGACCUCGAGGAGAGAGAGGACCAAGAGGACCAACAGGAAAAGCUGGACCCAAGGGUAACUCAGGAAAUGACGGCCCACCAGGACCUCCCGGUGAGAGGGGUCUGCCAGGGCCUCAGGGACCAACAGGUUUCCCAGGACCAAAGGGCCCUCCUGGACCUGCAGGAAAAGACGGACUGCCUGGACAUCCUGGACAGAGAGGAGAGACCGGAUUCCAAGGCAAGACUGGCCCUCCCGGCCCCCCAGGCGUGGUUGGACCACAGGGACCAACAGGUGAGACUGGACCAAUGGGAGAUCGGGGUCAUCCUGGACCCCCAGGCCCACCUGGUGAGCAGGGUCUACCUGGAGCUGCAGGGAAAGAAGGAGCAAAGGGUGACCCCGGUCCUGCUGGCCCAGCAGGUAAGGAUGGCCCUCCUGGGCCAAGAGGUUUCCCUGGAGAGAGAGGUCUGCCUGGCCCUGUGGGGGCUCACGGCCUAAAAGGGAAUGAAGGACCCCAUGGCCCACCUGGACCUGCUGGUUCUCCUGGUGAGCGUGGUCCCGCCGGCCCUGCUGGACCUACUGGUCUCCCUGGACGUCCUGGCCCCCAGGGACCUCCAGGCCCCGCUGGAGAGAAAGGUGGACCGGGAGAGAAAGGACCUCAAGGACCAGCUGGAAGAGAUGGUAUUCAGGGACCUGUGGGUCUGCCAGGACCUGGAGGACCUCCCGGACCACCUGGAGAGGACGGAGACAAGGGAGAGCUUGGAGAGCCCGGCCAGAAAGGAGGCAAAGGUGACAAAGGAGAACAUGGUCCACCUGGUCCCACCGGCCCUCAAGGACCUGUUGGAGCGCCCGGUCCUGCUGGUGCAGAUGGUGAGCCAGGUCCCAGAGGUCAGCAGGGUCUGUUCGGCCAGAAGGGAGACGAAGGAUCAAGAGGAUUUCCCGGACCUCCAGGUCCAGUUGGGCUGCAGGGCUUGCCUGGUCCACCAGGUGAGAAAGGUGAAACUGGAGACGUUGGUCAGAUGGGUCCACCUGGUCCCCCCGGUCCCAGAGGCCCCUCAGGACCCCCAGGAGCUGAUGGACCUCAGGGACCUCCUGGUGGCAUUGGAAACCCUGGUGCUGUUGGAGAAAAGGGAGAUGCCGGUGAAACAGGAGAGCCAGGUCUUCAGGGAGAAGUUGGCCCACCAGGUCCAAGAGGAGAACGAGGAGAAAAGGGAGAGGGUGGUCCAGCUGGUACAGCAGGGCCUCCUGGCCCUAAGGGUCCCCCUGGAGAUGAUGGUCCCAAAGGCAGCCCUGGUCCAAGUGGCUUCCCUGGUGACCCUGGCCCCCCUGGAGAGCCUGGUCCAGCUGGGUUAGACGGUCCCCCUGGUGACAAGGGAGAUGAUGGAGAGGCUGGUCAAGCUGGUUCUCCUGGACCCACUGGAGAGUCCGGUCCCUCUGGACCACCAGGAAAGAGAGGCCCCCCUGGAGCAGCAGGACCUGAGGGAAGACAAGGAGAGAAGGGAGCCAAGGGAGAGUCUGGAUUGGAAGGGCCCCAAGGAAAGACAGGUCCUGUUGGUCCUCAAGGAUCACCUGGCAAGCCCGGUUCUGAAGGCCUCAGGGGUAUCCCUGGCCCAGUUGGAGAGCAAGGUCUACCUGGUUCUCCAGGCCCCGAUGGACCUCCUGGACCUAUGGGUCCUCCUGGUUUACCCGGUUUGAAAGGAGACUCUGGUGUCAAAGGAGAAAAGGGCCAUCCCGGUCUCAUUGGUCUCAUCGGACCGCCAGGUGAACAGGGAGAAAAGGGUGACAGAGGUCUUCCUGGUCCUCCAGGAUCACAUGGUGCUAAAGGAGACAAUGGUAUUGCUGGUCCUUCAGGUCCACUUGGUCCCCUUGGUCCUCCUGGAUUACCCGGUCCUCCUGGUCCCAAAGGAGCUAAAGGGUCAUCGGGUCAAACUGGACCAAAGGGAGAGACUGGUGUAUCUGGACCUCCCGGCCCUCCUGGCCCUCCCGGCGAUGUCAUCCACCCACUCCCUAUCCAGUCUUCCAUGAAGGGCAGAACUCGUAGGAGCAUAGAUGCCAGCCAGAUGUUGGACGAAGCAGCCGUGGACGCCAACUACAAGGACUACGACGACGGCAUGGAGGAAAUCUUUGGCUCGCUUAACUCUCUUAAACUGGAGAUUGAGCAGAUGAAGCACCCACUGGGCACACAGAGCAACCCCGCUCGUACCUGCAAGGACCUGCAGCUCUGCCAUCCUGAUUUCCCUGAUGGUGAGUACUGGAUUGAUCCAAACCAGGGCUGCUCUCGGGACUCCUUCAAGGUUUACUGCAACUUCACAGCGGGUGGAGAGAGCUGCAUCUUCCCAGAUAAGAAAUCUGAAGGGGCUAGGCUCACAUCCUGGGUAAAAGAGAAUCCCGGCUCCUGGUUCAGUGAAUUCAAACGUGGUAAACUGCUCUCCUACGUGGAUGCAGAGGGCAACCCCAUCGGCGUGGUCCAGAUGACUUUCAUGCGGCUGCUGAGCGCCGCAGCCAGACAGAACAUGACAUACAACUGCUACCAGUCGGUCGCCUGGCACGACCAGGAUCAGGACAACUACGACAAGGCCAUCCGCUUCCUGGGCUCCAACGAUGAGGAGAUGUCUUAUGAUAACAACCCCUACAUCCGUGCCGUGGUCGAUGGCUGUGCGUUGAAAAAGGGUUACGAAAAGACAGUACUUGAGAUUAACACACCAAAGGUGGAACAGGUGCCGUUUGUGGACAUCAUGUUCAACGAUUUUGGCGGCUCCACGCAGAAGUUUGGAUUUGAAGUGGGCCCUGUCUGUUUCAUCGGCUAAGACUGUUUACUGAACAAAUGGAGAAAAAAAAAGCAUAUAUUUGUUUUCUCAGAAAAAAAACAAUUGAAAAAGAAUAGGACAAUUCUAUUUGUAAAAAAGUAACUUUUUUUUCCAUAAAGCAACAAGUAUGAGUAAAAUGAAAUCAAGUUGAGAAUACAGUGAAAUUCUAUAGGAAUAGAGGAAAUAACCUUGAAACCUCAGUGUGCCUUCUCCAUCACAUGCAAGUUUUGAAACUGGAUGUCAGAUCCUGCCUCAUACACAACACUUUCAACAAACACAACCCUAGCCCCAUGACAUCACUCUUGAUUUUUGUUUUUUUGACCCAAACAAUGAAGGCGACCCUGAGAGCUGCAGCCGUUCCAGACGGUCGCAGUAUUUGCCACGGACUCCAUCUGAUUUGGCUCUUUUUUCUUUUCUUAAGUUCUGCUCUCAUGUUUUCCCUCGUCUCCUUGGCUUUUUCCACUUGUCUUUUGUUGGUUUGUUUGCUCAUUCACUACAGGAGCUUUGUUUGUGCAUAAUUCUCUCCCCAUUCCCUUGGAAUGGACCUUAUAUAUAUAAAUAUAUAUAAAUAAUUUUUAUGUUUGUAAGUACAUUCUGUAUAUUUUUCCUGGUAAUGUUUAUUGCUUCUGGCUUCAAAACGUGCAUGUGACUUUUUAUUGUGAGGUAGGAACAAUGGAUACGGGGAUAACAUCUAAAUUGUGGAAAUAUAUUGAGAGUGAGGAAAUUCGACUUGUAAAUUGAAAAAAACCAAACAAACAGAAAAACACAAAUUGGGAAGUCGUGUCUUGUUGCGGCUGUGGAGCACACCUUGUUGUAAUUUAAAAACAGAAUGGAAAUAAAAGACGAAAACAAGCUCUGUGAUAUUAUGUGACAGUUUGAUUUGCGUCACGAACAAAAAAUAAUAAUACAUUCCUCCUUUUUUUUGCCCUCUGAACUUCUGAACAGCCACCUUGAUGGGAAUAUCAUUAACUUAAUAAACAGCUUCUAUUUCUUUCCUCAAAUACACAUCUGUCUGACUAUGCAAUGGGAGAUGUUGUCACAUUUAAUGAAAACACAAAGAAAUCAAACCUAGGUGCUAUUUUCUCUCUUCUGUGGUGCUAUGUAUUUUUCUAGUUUGUGUUGUUUGAAUGAAAGGAAAUCUGUGGUGAUAAUAUUCCGUCACCAGCAGCCCCAUGACUCUAAACCACCACAUUCGACGCAGGUGGAUCUUUGCUGCAUCCAUUUUUGUUUUUUUGUUUUUUCUCCCAGCGGUGGUGUUUGCAUGCCAUUUCUCUACAUAUCCACUCACAGAUCAGUGCAGCAUGGCGGCGUAUGUUAUCUCCUGCUUCAGCGGACCGCAGAGAUGAGAAACUUGUACCAAAUGUUGGAAUAACGAGAGGAGACUAAGAUGGUGCUGUUGGCUUUGCAUAUCAUUGCUCUAAGACGCUGCAUUAUGGCUCUUGCUGUUGGAUCAUCUGUGCCACAUCAAACUGAUGGGAGUUGAGAAGUGGGACAUGUUUGUGAUUGGGCAAGCCAUCCGAAAGGGACAUGGUCCAAAGUUUUGUUUGGUGUGUGAAACCCUAAACCCUUCCACCAAAGGUUUUCAGGUAUAUAUUUAGCUUUAAGGGCACAUGGUGGCUUGAAAUCGAUUUUUUUGUAUGGGAAACAACUUGAAGAGUAUUUUUCCUUGUGGGAGCAGGUCGCCAAAUUAGCCAGAUGAAAGUGUUUGCUCAUGCAGCGUCAAAAAAUCGCUUGUUGGUCUUCUAUUUUUGCCCUUAUUGUAAUUAUGCUCUUUGUUCAAACUAUGCACUCUCUAUGCUUAUGACCACUAGUAUCUACCACAGAAUUUUUACAGCCCUUCUUACAUAGGUUUAUUUUGUUUCCUUUUUUUUAUCUUCAGAUAUGUGACUUGAACCAUUUCUGUUAACUCAAUAUUGCUUGUAGAUCUUUGGCUUUAUUUUUCAUUGUGAUGCAGUACACCCAAAUUUAACACUUUCCUCUCAAUAAAAAAGGAGAAACAAAUUCUUGUAAAUUUCCAGAACCAGCAGUGAUGCUGCCAUCGUUUUUGUUUUUUGUUUUAUUUUGUAGAUUUCCGUUUGUCUGUCUGUCUGUUUUGUUUUCACGGUCUUGUCAAACCUGUGUAAGGAUAAGAGGAUAGAAGUUAUAUUGGUUUUUAUGUCAAUAAAUUCAAGUUUACUGUG